UAGUAACGAUUACGGAAGGCAAUAUGACGAGAGACAUAUGUUGUAUUUGAGGUGCGUUUAGUUUGUCAGGGUAGCUGUUAAAAAACGACUCUCAUCUUAUUUUGCAUCGUGAAAUUGUUGUCCGGAGAAGUAAUGUGAAUUGAUAGCAAUAUUCAAAAACGCCUCGCCCACAUCUUUUGAUAUAAAAGAAGGAGACACCGAGCUUUCAUCACGCUGUGCCGGGAAUUUCUAUUUGAAUAGAGGAUAUCACUUUAAGAUGAUCAGAGGUAAAGGUGAUGAAGAAGACUAUUGGAACAGCUCAAAGUUUAAGGCCUUCACAUUUGAUGAUGAUGAUGAAUUUUCACAGCUGAAAGAAUCAAAAAAAGCUGUAAACAGCAUACAGACCCUGGUGGAUGAUGAUGAUGACGAUGAUGAAGAUGAUGUGGAAAAGGUCGGGUGGAAUGGAGAGCCAGUGGGAAGUAUUUCCCUGUCCAUUAAGGAAACUGCUUCUAGGAACAGGAUGUCUGCAACAGAUCAAGAACUUGGGUUUCCAAAAAUUGAAACCACAAUGCAGAAUCUAUCCUUAUCCAAACAGGGAUCUAACUAUUCCCUAAGCAGCUUGUUUAAAGGAAAAAAUAAAAUGGGAAAUUUCCAGAUGCUUUCAGAAUGUGUUGGUGAAAUUCCUUCAAGACAUUUUGCUCCAGAGCUAAGAAAGCCAAAAUCACAGUAUAAGGAUUAUACAGCUGUGUGGAGCCCAGAGGAUACAGUUGGGAGGAUGCAGAAUGGAAAGACUUAUACUCUGGAGGAUUUUCGGGCUUUGAGGGACAAGAUGCUAUUACUUGAUGAAGCUGUUCAGCUCCAUAAUGGCAAUGUCAUCACUGCUGUCUUAAUUUUUCUGAAGAAAACACUCAGUAAAGAAAUUCUUUUUCGGGAGCUGGAAUCCAGACAAGUAGCCCUACGCCAUUUCAUCCAUUAUUUGAAGGAAAUGGAAGAACUCAAGCUUCUUAAUGAACUCCUGAAAUUUCUUGGAAGGACCGAAGAAAUGGCACUUAUGCAGUACAGGGAGCACUUAAAUUUGAAAGAUGUAAAUAAGAAGAAGGAAGCUUUAAAAAGCUGUAUUAGCCUUCCUUUUUCAGCUGAAGAUGCCGGUUUUGUUCAGGAUCACUAUACCUUACUGGAAAGGCAAAUUAUCAUAGAGGCCAAUGACCAACAUAUGGAGAAAACUGGACAGGUGGAAGUGUUUAAGAAAAACCCACGCAAAGCAGCCAUUUUGGAUAUGCCCAUUAUUACUACACUAUACUACUCCUGCUUUUACCAUUAUGGCGAAUCUGAAGGCACUUAUAGCAGUCCAGGAAGCAUCAAAAAGACUUUCAAGCUUUCAGAUAAACAAUAUUUAUUAACAGCACUUGGGGCUAGAGCUAAACUCAAAGCAUGGAAAGACGUGGACAGCCUCUUUGUGACUAAGAAUUGGCUUGGAUACACACAAAAAAAGGCCCCAAUUGGAUUUCACAAAGUGGUCGAUAUUCUACAUAAAAACAAUGCACCUGAUACGGUGAUUCAAGAAUAUAUUUGUUUGGUGGAUGAUACAGACCUGAAGCUUAAUUUGGCAAUGAAAUAUAAGUGUCAUGAUAUCAUCAUCAAUAUCUACAGAGAUCUAAAGGAUCGACAGCAGUUGAAGACAUACAGGACUAAAGUAAACAGAGGCUCGUUAGAAGAAAGGAAGAUUGAUGACAUUCUAAGUAAUACUCAAAUCCGGUGGAAAAACUGAAGCAGACCUUGUAACAACUUCAAGAAACGUACAGUGUGGAAUCCUGUUAAACUGCCAAGGAUUUUUUUUUUUAAUUUACCCAAGAUUUUCUUAAUGAACAAUUUAUCUUCUAUAUUGACUGAAUGUUAUGCAUUUUAAAACAACGUAUUAUGAAAUUAAAUGUGUUGUAUACAUGAAAUCUGUGAAAAUGUACAGCUGUAUGUAUAUAAUGUAUAAUUUAAUUGAUUAACUUUGUCACAUGUCCCAUGUUUAUGGCAGUACAAAAAAAUGCAAGGAAUGCAUGUUUGUUCGAUUCUGAAGAAAUAAGGUGAAAAUCUAAAGCAAACCCAGAUGGACAGUGUUUAUUUUGUGAUUUAGUAGUUGUCAUGCUCGCACUGGCUGACCACAUCUUCAAUUGCUCACUCAUUGCGUUUUUUUGACAAUCGGCUUCAUGACGUAAACACUGAGCGACUGGGACAGAGAGAAGCAAUGCAGAUCAACAAUUAGUUUAAUUAAUUUAACCACUGAUGUGCAAUUUAAAAAAAAAAAGAAAAUAGAAGUCUGUUAUCCAAAAGAGAAGUUCUGAAACAGGCAAUAGAUUACAAUAUGGUCAUAAAACACUAAAAAGAGGAAUGGAAAAAGGGAAGGUUAGAAUCCAAAAAAUGGACACAAGGUGAAGUAAUUAGUCUUCUACAGACUCCACUACAAACUAUUGCAGAAGUGCAGUGUUAAAGCAAAGAGCUCUAGCCAGGUUCACUCUUUUAUUCCCCUUACCCCUCUUAAUCGUGUGACUUCAGUGCAAUUAGCAUUGCCUAGCAACAGACAGAAAUGGUAGAGUGAUUAAGCAAAGUCAAGGCCCCAUCCUACCAUCUGUUCAUUAAAAAGACACACAUUUGGCUCCAGAGUUACUGGCACACAUGAUGAAGAUAGAAAGAUAAACAGUACUUUAUUUGUCCCCAAGAGGAAAUUAAGACUUUACAGAGACACAGGAAAAACAAAAUAUUAUAACACAACAAUCUAACCCCCCACCCCCUAAAAACACACACAAGAACUUUAAUAGCUAGGAUAAUGAUAAGCUGUUGAUGACUAAUAACAGACUUGUUGGUGGGAAUAAGAUGAAUCAGAUUGUGAUCAGGUUUACCCAGUUGUCCCACAGGUUUACAUUUAAAGACAAUUAAUUUUUAAAUAAAGCAGGUCAAACUUCUUGUGUCCGUGAAUGGAGUGUAACACAUAAUGAUGAUGAACGUUUUUGUCAUUGUUCCUUUCAAACUUCCCCUGGUUGAAGUCACCACCGCGUCAGGGUCCGAAUAAUUCAUUAUUACAGUAGAGUGUUGAUGACAGAGUGAAUAAUUUCUGUUGUUGAGUCCCUGUUUGCAGAUGGAGAAAUAUAAACAUUAAUAAGGAUGAUGUGAUAUAUAAAGACUAAUGAGGAUAAUGCAACUUUUCUCCCUAUGCAGUAACAUGACAAUUCAGUGUCUGAAUUAUACAGUUUACUUUUAAUUGGAAUGUGCUUAGUUUUAAAUCAUUGUUCAUUCUCAUAGAUGUCCAGUCCCCUUCCUGCCUUUUCCAUUCUGUCUGAUUAUAUCAAAUGAAAUCCAUCCAGCAAUAAAAUAGUCUCUGAAAUAAGAAGUUUAAGCCAGUACUCUGCAGUAGACAAAAUGUGACACUACCUAAAUGCGCCAUGACUUGCCAUGAAAUGAAACAGUUAAUCCGUCUUAUUUGAAAAUGAUUGAACAUUUCUCGUUGUAUGGAGGCAAACCAGUUCUGAAACAUUUCCACCUUAAUUUUAUCCUCGCUGUGGUUCUUGCCCUUAUAUCUUUGGACAAGCUGCUCCUCCAGUAAGGUGAAAAAGAGCUCCUUAUGUGCCAGUAAUGCACAGUGUUAGCUGACUAAGGGAAAUUUCUAUGUACUCCAUUUUAUAUUUCUCAGAGUCACUUACAUUUUCAGAUGUUGAAAAAGUAAGGUAGCCUUCAGAUCCUCUUUUCUCUGCCUGCUACUUCUUCCAUGUUUGCAUCAUGUCUUAAAGGCAGUUGUGACAGGCCAGUGCUUGGGUGUGCAAUGACAACAGCAUAUCUUCAUUUUUCAUUUUUAGUGACAAGCCAGAUGAUAUUUAAUCUUAACAUGAAUAAUUGUUAAAAACCAA